UCAUCUUUCUAUUUCUCUUUAUUACUUUCACCCUCAUGUCUUCUUCACCUGACGCGGCAGGCUCAUGAUGAGACUCCGCGAGACCAUCCGUCUGCCCAAUCGGCUCAACGAAGAGGCGCACACUUACACAACCCCAAGAAGAGCGCCACGUCGAGUCAUCAGCUCAUAUCAGUCCAGGGCCGAUACCUUCAAUCCCAACCUCCCCCCUGCGGCUUUCCCCACCUUGGAUCGACCGCGCCACCCGCAGCUUCGCACCGAUGACCCGACUCACGAGGGCAAAGACAAUGGCAGUCGCAAGCGCUCGUACGACUGCAUGAUCAAUAAUGCUGAUAUCGAUGGCCCGGUCUUAGAGACGGCUGCGGAGCCCAGAGCCGAAUGCGAAGAGAUACCCGUCGAGCAGAUUGUUAACAUGAUUGCGAGUAAUGGCGAGCUCAAUCAGAUCUACGUCAACAACAUGGCCAUCAUGGCUCGAGCAGAAUCGGAGAGCGCGACGUUCGAGAAGAGUAUGGAAGACAGUGACACGGACGAGGAAGAGGAUGAAGAGCUUGUUGUUGAGCCACUUACGGCUUCCCAAUGGCGCGAUCUGUCGCCACAAAUGCAGGUUGAGGUCUUCGAGAAUGUGGAGGAAAGCCAUAGUCGACCCGCCAGGAUCUUGCUUGGGAUCUCAGAAGAGGACAUGAAGGAGCUAGAGCACAAUCGAGGACUUCGCACGAAGCAGCUGGAGAGGGAAGACCGGCUACUGGAGGCAAUGCGUGCGAAGCAGCUCAGAGCGAUCCUUCGGACCAACAAUGUCACCCCGCGAGCCACUCAGGUGCAGCCGAAAGUGGCAUGCCAGAUGAUUCUGCGCCAGUAUCUUCGCAAGAUCAAGCGGGCUAUCGCACCGGAUUUCCUGGUCUGUCCGGCCGAUGAGGUACUCCGCGCUCGGAGGUUCUUACUGAAACGUGAGAUGGAUGGGGAGCUUGCAGGCGAUUGGAGGGGUUACACGACCAGAUUGCAGAUCUCGGUUGAUGACUUGCGUCGUGGGUUGGCAAAGAGCACUGUCCCCGAGCCUCAUCCUUCUGAUGCUUCUGCCAUGAGCUCCGCGGGUGGUGAUGCAGUCGAUAACACAGCGUUGCGAGUGACCGAUAGAAACUCAGCUCAGGUAUCCUUGAUCAACGGCAUUGGUACAAAGUGUCCAUCUAUGCUGAAGGAUAUCUUGUUAUGCCAAGGUCAAGUCAAAGAUCCUCCUCGAUGGCUACUUCUCAGUCAUCGGGAUACAAGCAAGAACUAUCACCAUCCCAAUUGGGACAAUCAUAUUCAUACUCAGCUUAUCAGCGAGGAAAGUUUGGCCCAGAGAAGACAUCCCGAGUUGCAGUACAUACAACCGAAGAAUACCUUCAAGGAGUUCCCUCCGCUGAGUUUGGUCUUCUUCGAGCGUUGUGAUCCAAUACUGGCCACACGAAAAGGCGACACUGCUACAACGUCCGGCAUGAACGACCGCCACCAGAGAUAUCCUGACGCCUCGGCUGGAACAUCCCAGAGAGCAGCUUGGGGGUCCAUGUCAAUUGGUUCGGGCCACUCCGGUGGGAUGAAACGUAUGGCAGUCUCCAUGCGUAUCAGAAACCACCUCAACGGAAUGGUGAUAGAAGCACACAAAAGAAUGUCAGAAGGAGCAGCCGGAGAAGCCCAGCAAGAGGAGCCAUCCAAAUGCCGCACAUUGUUACCUGAAGAUAUAUGGACCCCUCCUACAAGCCCUUCUCAAGUGCUUCGCACGACAGAUUUUCUGUCGCUACAAGAUGACGACAAUUAUGCCUUCGCUGAAAGCGCGGAAUUUCCGGGAAUCGAGGACACACAGGCGGAGUCGCCUGAUGGCGUGAUGGAUGAUAUGCUCAGUCAAGAUACAGAGGCGUCAUCACAUACCACAUGCGAGUCAGACCCCGUGUUAAAGAUCAAAGAGCAAUCGAGCAGCGCCAAGCCGGACGUUAGUACAAGGUCUGAAAGCGAAUCCGUCGGAAGUGAUGCAGAUGAAUAUGAUACUGCGGACGAAAUGGUCCUUGUACAGGUACCAAUCUAAUCGUGGUUUGCAGAUGGAAUGGAACCACGGCGAGGUGACUGCGGCAGUUAAAGGACAGCUCCAUCUGGUCCUAUCACUCGAUGUUCUGUCCCAAGGAGGAGGAAGCGAACUGUAAGAAUAAGAUG